AUGGAAUGGGCCCGGUCACGAACUCAGCCUGAACUGUUCCCUUACCAACAAUCCCACCCUGAAAGUGUGAGACAUCUGCCUCAAUUUCUACGGAAAAGCAAUGGGUUUCAGGCUGAGCCUCAAUCUAGAAUAUGGAAGGAUUUGUCUGGACCGAUCCCCACACAGGGGCCGGUGGCUUGGGAGCCAGAACCAGCCAGCAUUGAUCUGUCCGAGUCGUUAUUUGAAUACGAUACAAUGAUGCUCAGUUCUAUACUCAAUGACAACGAAGUCCCCGAGGAGGAGAUUAGGGGAGAAAUGACUGAAACACUGAACGACAUGCAAUUUUGGUCGGACAGUAUGUUACCAUAUUUGUCCAGUGACUCAAGCAUUUCUCCCCAGCAACUCUCGGAUCUUGAACUUGAUCCGAUGUACCCCCAGAGGGACCUGGCAUCUCAGGCUUUCCAUACACCUCAGACUUACACCAACCUCCAAUCUAACUCAUUACAAAACCCACAUACACUGAGCGACCCGGCCUGGAUGCCCCUUGACCGACAAUCCUCCCACCGGAAUAGCCCACCGAGCUCACUUUCCCCAUUUUCCAUCGACCAAAGGAUGAUUAACGCAUCCAACUGCCAAUCAACUUCAGCAAACCUGUUCCGAAUUUACCACGAUGUACUAGAGCACAACCUAUCUUGUUGGUUGAAUGAAAUGACCUGUCCUUACCAGCCAGGGUCACCAAGCCUCGCCCCACUUGUACAUGAAUGGGGCUCAUCAUGGUCCAACAGGAUCUACCAGCGCACAAUCAGCCUCGAUCGCGCCGCACAAUCUUGCAAGCUUCUGCAGCUAACGCGCACCGAGGAUCAGGCCGCUUCUAAGGCGCUGCACCUUGCAAUCAUGGCAUUUGCCACCCAGUGGGCACAGGGUAGCCAGCGACAGCGUGAGAAGUAUUCCGAUGAACUCCUCAAUCGAGCCGAGGAUGAAGUUGCUUCCGGCAUCACCGACGAGUUUGACAGCAUUCUCCAAAAGCACUUUUGGGAUCAGGCUCAGCAGGCUCUUCAACAAGUCGCCGAUUUAGAGUCAUACAAAGUGGUAUCUGCCGAGCUGAUCUUUGGCUUGAUCCAAAAACCACGGAGCCUCGAAAAGCACUCCAUCGAACAAGAAAUGGGGCAACAAACCAACAACCUUGCCGCCGACACAGGCGCAGUACUGUCAAAGGUGAAGGAUAUAAUACAAAAGGAUGGGCCACCAAUAUAUGUGGAGAGAGCAACUCGAAAGAUACACGCAUUAAAGUAUCGUUACGACGCACUAAAUAAGGGGCUUGGCCAAAGCGGUCGUGGUGAAGGCGCACACGAAAUCGAAACCAUGGGCCCUGAAGAUCGCGGUACAGUCGGCCUACUCUAUUGGCUGGCUAUCAUGUUUGAUACCGUCUCCUCCUCCAUGAAUGAACGUCCCGUCGUGAUACUGGACCAGGACUGCGAGCACGAACGGCAAAAGGAGACCCAACGAGCUGGGCAUAUAGACCAUCUUGUCGUGAAUAACCGAUGGGACCUUGAUGUCUUUGUGCAAGGAAACCUCAAGGAGGGGAACCGAGCACAUUGGCCCUGCUCAUAUGAAGCUGCAGCAGAAGAUGUCGUCAAAUCAGCACCAGUCAAGGUUCUUCUCUUCCGUCACCUGUCUUACCUCCAAAGCGCUGUUCGCAAGGGUGCCCACGAAGAGCAAAUCGAAGACAUCAUCCGUAUCACAAUUUCACUAUAUGAAUAUUGGAACAGAACACACGGCGCUUUCUUCAGAGAACUUGUGCAAAAUUACAGUGCUGUCCCGCAGCGUAUACAGGGCUGGUUCCUCUGUAUCUCCGCACACUGGCACCUCGCCGCCCUAAUGCUCGCAGAUUUAUUGGACUUCAUUGACGAGAAUGAUCUGGGUAUAGAGAGCGCAGCCCUCAUUCGGACCACCAGUCAAGUGGCGAGAAGGAUGAGAAAGCACAGCGCUAGUGAGCUAUCAGAUCUGGCAAGAGUCGGCACGCCACCUAUCAGAGAUAGUGUCCGGGCUAUGCCGCAGAUGCCAGACUUUCACCAUGCUGUCAGUGAGGGCACCUUACUAACCGAACCAUGGACGAUGAUGUUGAUCAGGGCGUUUACCAAAUCCUGUAUGGUCUUUCUGGAUGAGGCAAAUGAAGCCUUGCGCUAUCUUGGGACUACUAUCAACCAUGAUUCUUACAGCUUGGAGAGAAACAUGACUCAGGCUCAGGCAUGUGUCCAGGCUCUGUGGCUCCUCGGGAAGAAGUCGGAUAUGUCGCGGGAAAUUGCUGAGACACUGUCACUCGCGUUGGGCAAAUUGCGGAAGGGGUUUGUUGGGUACAUGUAG